GUCUCCGGCAAGAGUGUCCUGCUGUGUGCUUAUGAGUUUGUGACUCUGGGACUUCAACCCAACAGCAGCAAACAACACUUGUCGCAUCCUUAUUUUGAGAAUCGUCGACACGACUUUGUUUUGGCCAUUCGCAGAUUUCCCCAAUCAGUUGCGGUUUGAACGUAAAACACGGAGUUACGGCGUUCGCUUUAUUCGGUUUUUGAGUCUGUAUCGCAUUCGAAUUUUUUUCUUCUUCCCUUACACUUUGAUUUUUUGCGCUUAUUGUCCAAUAAAUUGUUGCUGCCUUUGCCACCGCCACAAAGCUUUGUUUGGCCAACGCUAAGUGCGUUGUUUGUCACAACCACCCAUAGGAUGUAUGAUUGCGCGUGUGUGUGUGCGAGUGUUAUAUCCUUUGGUUCGUUGGUUCCGCUUAACGUAAUUUCGGUGCACGUGUUUUUGUGAUUGAUUUUUGUUCCACAUUCCCUGCAGUUAAUUAAAUAAAUUAACUUGAGUUACUAAUUGGCAAUUAAUUGAGAAUAUGAGGGAAUAUUCAGUUCAAUACAAUACUGCAGACCAAUAUAAGAAAAAUGGGAAUGAAAGUGAAAAAUACGCAUGAAGUUUGAAUAAAAAUCAAAAAAUUACUAUUACAACAAUAAUAUUUACGAAAUGUGAACAAAACAACAAAAGGAAAUUCUUUUACUAAAGAAAGUGUUUGAUAAGCUUGGAUGUAAUACUGAGAAAACAUUAUCGAUUGUGCUACCAAUGGAUUACAAUAAACAUUCAUUUAGUUUGGAUUAAAUUGAAUAGACGCCUUUCGUGUUUACUUGUAAAUAUAAGGGGCCUUUAAUCUUAAUGUGAUGUGGCUUUAAAUUUAACCAAUUUGCCUCGUCGAGCACAUUAGUCAAGGAUACGUGUGUCGCGGUAAGUUCAUCGGCACCAGCAUCAUCAUUACCACCACUGUUGCUGCCAUCUGCAUCUGCUGCAACGAAAAAGGCUCAUCACGAGUUGUUGGCCGAGGUCAUUAUGCAACAGCCCAGUGAUUACUACACACAAACCGAAAGUGAACUCUUACAAUUGGAGGCAGCCGGAGUACACUUACCGGCCUACCAACUGCAGGCCGACUGCAAUCUGACACAGCUCUCCCAGAACCAUCAAAAGCAAUCACUUCCAUAUCAGCCUCACAUUCUGCCGCCCAAUUUGAAUAACAACGAUCGGUCGACGCCCACCUCAUCAUCGAAUGCCACACCCACACCAAGCAGCACAAGCCACAUUGAUCCAGCGUCAGGUAGCAGCAAUGGUGGCGGCAACCACACAACCCCAUCAACACAUUUUAUGGGGCCCCCGCAGCGGCGCCACUGCCAGCCGCCCACAAAUCUGCCGCUCAGCUCGAUUACAUCGCCCCUGCGUGCCAACUACAAGACGACAGCCUAUUUACACAGUCAUCAUCAGCAAUUAGAAUUCCAGCGAAACUCGCAAUCGGAUGACGACAGUGGCUGUGCCUUGGAGGAGUACACAUGGGUGCCACCUGGUCUAAGACCUGAUCAGGUUCGGUUAUAUUUUUCCCAGCUACCCGACGACAAGGUGCCGUACGUAAAUAGUCCCGGUGAGAAAUACCGCAUAAAGCAAUUGCUUCAUCAGUUACCACCACAGGACAAUGAGGUCCGUUACUGCCAGUCCUUAAGUGACGAAGAACGCAAAGAGUUGCGCAUUUUUUCGGCUCAACGAAAACGUGAGGCCUUGGGCCGUGGUGCCGUACGACUGCUUUCCGAUGAACGUCCUUGUCAAAAUUGCAACGAACAACUUUCCUCCGGUGACAUUGUGGUCUUUGCUCAACGUCUUGGCGCACAGGUUUGUUGGCAUCCUGCCUGUUUCGUAUGCUGUGUCUGCAAGGAAUUGCUGGUAGAUUUAAUAUAUUUCCAUCGUGAUGGUAACCUCUAUUGCGGACGACAUCAUGCUGAAACCCAAAAGCCACGUUGUUCGGCAUGUGAUGAGAUUAUUUUCUCCGACGAAUGUACCGAAGCGGAAGGCCGCACGUGGCACAUGAAGCAUUUCGCUUGCUUCGAAUGUGACCAUCAACUUGGCGGUCAAAGGUAUAUAAUGCGCGAUGGCAAACCAUUUUGUUUGAGCUGUUUCGACACCAUGUUCGCCGAGUACUGCGAUUAUUGCGGCGAAAUCAUAGGUGUGGAUCAGGGACAAAUGUCUCAUGACGGUCAGCAUUGGCAUGCCACAGAUCAGUGUUUCUCUUGCUGUACAUGCCGCUGUUCACUCCUGGGAAGGCCAUUCUUGCCACGUCGCGGAACUAUCUACUGUUCUAUUGCUUGUAGUAAAGGUGAACCGCCAACACCCUCGGACACUAGUUCUGGGCCACAACUAAGGCCUACACACAGGGCGAGCACUACCAGCCAAAUUGCUCGAUCACCUCGCCCAGGUAAGGGGUCGCAUAGUAAAGAUAAACACGGUGGAAAAAGUUCGGGAAGUGCUGGUGAUCUUUUGGAACGUCAGGAACGACAGAGAAGGGAGGACUUGGGUCGCCUAAUGCUUGCACGGAAUAUGGAGAAUGUUGCGGUGCCUGGCAUUCCUAGGCCGGCCCAUCCACCACCCAUAGACCUUACAGAAUUAGGCAUAAGUUUGGAUAAUAUUUGCGAUGGAGACAAGACAAUAUUCGGAGAUUCCAAUAUCACCGCCUCCCUGCCCGAUAUGCUGGUGUCCAAGGGCGAGGACUCUCACAGCUAUCAGAGCAUAGAUAAAAUCAUGUUAAACUCUCCCACUGCCUCGGAUAUGACACAGUCCACUCAAGAACUAACCAAUGAAUUAGAUUUGGAUCAUGAGAAUGAUAAUGGUUUCAACGCCUCACCUCACGACAAUUAUGAGCGCAUUAAAAACGACAUUGACGAUGACGAGGAGUAUGAGGACGAGGAGAACAAUCGCCAUGCCACAAAAGAGGUUCGCUUCCACAGCCUCCAUGACACCAUGUCACGCUCGAAAAGUUACACUGACAACUCAAAUGCCCGACGCAGACGGCGCAGGCGCAACCAGUCGCGCAGCAGCUCUGAGAUUCAAAUCAAUCAAAGCAAUUUACGAUUACACAACGCUCAGACUCAGGCUGGCUCAAGUGCUGUGAGAAAUUCGGAUAAUUGCGAUGCAGCCAGCGUUUGUUCCACAUGCUCGUCUAGCUCUUCGAGCGAUAUGGACGAUUAUGUGUACCGUUUGCCAGCACGCAAACACUAUGGCGGCGUGCGUGUCUCAUAUGUUCCCAACGAUGCCAUUGCCUAUGAGAAAAAGAAAAAACAGGCCAUGUUGGAGCAGACGGGCAAUACCACCAACUCUUUCUACGGUUCAUCUGCAGGCGGUCCAGCUGGUGUCGGACCAAUGGUCAGCAGCACAAACUCAGUCCUAGGAGGCACUGGCGGUGGAGGGGGAAGUGAUGGCAAAAACUGCACAAUUUCAUGACAACCUCCAAUUUUGCCACCACCACCAUUCAAUUUGAGCAGUUAUUACAUUUUGGACACCAUACUGGAGGAGGAGAGAUUCGUGGCCAUAGAAAAGAAACCUGGUUGUUUUAGACGCUUCUGGAACAUACUGAGUGCGAGUAGAAAUAAACCACAAUCGAAGCAUUUACAAAAUGUUUAAAUGGAACCCCCAAUUUUGAAAACGGAAAAAAACAUUAAUGUUUUUUUUUAACUUUUAUGUUGUAAUGAUUUUUUUAUUCGAACUGAGAAAAUAAACAAACCGCUGUAUAUGUUAUUCUUCAGUGAAAACUUAAAGGCAAUUUUUGAUUAUGCCAACUCCCAUCUCAAAUCAAUAAACGUGUAUUUCUUCACAAAGUAAGCUUUUUGAUUUAUUGGGUUGCCCAAAAAGUAGUUGCGGAUUUUUCAUAUAGUCGGCGUUGACAAAUUUUUUUCACAGCUUGUGACUCUGUAAUUGCAUUCUUUAUUCUGUCAGUUAUCAGCUGUUACUUUUAGCUUGCUUUAGAAAAAAAAGUGUAAAAAAGUAUAUUUGAUUAAAGUUUAUUCUAAGUUUUAUGAAAAAAGGCAUUUACUUUCUUUUAAAAAAUCCGCAUUUACUUUUUGGACAACCCAAUAAUAUGAAUAACUAAACAUGUUUUUUCCAGACGCUUUAAAUUUUCAAGCGUAUAUCUUUAUUUGUUCGACCGAUAUCGUGAUUUUCACAGACAGACGAACAUUCAAGGCUGCAUCGACUUAAAAUGUCACAACUUCGAUAUAUCGAGAUGUUACAAACGAAGUGAAUAUCCCUCCAUUAUAGGGUGGGUAUCCAAUUUGGGUAUAGACCAAUUUGUCAAUUUAGGGUCUUAAGCCCAUAAACGGCGCAUUUUUAACCGCUGGGACUGGUAUACGAUUUCUGGGCACCUAAGCCACAUAUGAUACUAAUCGGCCCGUAUUUGGAUAUGGUGGAAAAUAUAGGAUAAUUAAUUUGUCCGUGUUGUGGGUAUGCUAAAAUUGGCACUUGUUUUAGACAUGGAGGGCGCAAUUUUUUAAACAAUUGUUAUGACUUAACAUCUGCGCCAUGUAUGCCCUAAUUCGGUGCGCAACUUGAUACAGCUUCUAAUCAGAAUGAAAAACAAUUAUUGUGAGCUUUUGAAGACCGUCAAUUAUUAUCAGAUUCGUUUUUUGCUCUAUACCUUUCAUUUGAAUUCCAUAUUGUCCUAAUAGAUCUAUAUAUCCAGGAGGGUAUUGGGGGUGGAAACCUUAGGCACCCCACCAGAGCAAUGGAUACCAAAUUUUUGUUUUUAGCUUGCUUGGGCCAUUAAUCUCAGACCCGGCACGGUAUAUCUGAGAGCACCACACAGACUGGAACAUUGAGGUCCGAUUUGUGUAGUGUUCACUGCUUAGCUGCGAUCUACCGGGCGCGUCCACAGGUUGCGGAUCGUGUAAUGCUCCAUACGGAAAAGCUGCAAUGGCAGCCGCGGAAAAUCAGGGGUAUCGAACGGAGAGUCUCAGUGGGACGCCGGGCUUGCACAAAUACUGAGUGCCUAUGACAAGGCGAGUUACUGGCGCCUUUAAAUAGCCAAUGGCUACCCUGUUUCCGCGGCGAUCGGUCUUUUGGAACGGAACGGGCUUGCUCACCUACAGGAGAGUGACGAGGAUCGCCGUUGCAGCUACUCCAUAUGGAGAGUCUCAGUGAGAGGCCGCGCGGCACCGGCUCUUGCACAAAUACUGAGUGCCUAUGACAAUGCGAGUUACUAGCGCCUUUAAAUUACCAAUGGCUACCCCUACAGGAGAGUGACGAGGAUCGUCGUUGCAGCUACUCCAUAUGGAGAGUCUUAGUGAGAGGCCGGGCGGCACCGGCUCUUGCACAAAUACUGAGUGCCUAUGACAAUGCGAGUUACUGGCGCCUUCAAAUUACCAAUGGCUAUCCCUACAGGAGAGUGACGAGGAUCGUCGUUGCAGCUACUCCGUAUGGAGAGUCUCAGUGAGAGGCCGGGAGUCACCGGCUCUUGCACAAAUACUGAGUGCCUAUGACAAGGCGAGUUAUUGGUGCCUUUAAAUAACCAAUGGCUACCCUGUUCCCGCGGCGAUCGGUCUUUUAGACCAGGACGGGCUUGCUCACCUACAGGAGAGUGACGAGGAUCGCCACCUCCACAUGAAAAUGUGGCUACAAAAACAACAGAAACAAAUCUCCAAAAUCAGGCGUUCGUGAAAAUAAGGAGUUCUUUUUGGGGUUGGGAUGGCCCCCAGACAUUUCGCCUAAAAUCAAAUUCAUGCUCUUCUUCCAAAUAUCUGUAAUUUAAGUCCAUAUUGCCAUUGUUGGUAAUUGUGUACGAUUUGUGGGAGUUUGGGACCCCAAACAUUAGCCCUAAUAUUGGAUAACUGAUUCAUUCAAUCUAUUUUAGUUGAUUUCAGGAGUUAAAGCGCCAUCUAGAACUUGGACACAGAUUUUAAUGUUCGUUACCUUGUCCCAGCUACCUUUCAUUUGAGUCCCAUAUAGCCAGGUUCGGUUAAUAUGCCCACUUAGGAAGUGGGGUGACCCCCCAUUACUUGGGUUUAAUUUAUUCGUAAUCCACUCCUCAAUUUUUUCCAUACAUAAGUUAUUUUCAUUUAAACCUUGAAUCUUCCAAAAAGCUAAUGGGACAUAUACACAUAUAGUUGACACAAAUGCAUUUAACGUUUUCCACAAUUUUGCACUUUGUAGGGUAAGGCUAAGGUCCGCCGAUGCCGCCUACCUACAAUUUUUAAAACUUUGCACUGUGAAGUAUUGCAAAAAUAGGCCUGCCCUUCCAUAUUUUUCAUAUUAGUCAAAACCCAUAUCAUUGCAAGAAUGUAGCAAAAAUCUCAAUUCAGAAAAAAGUCAUUACAAAAUAAAACCUUAAAAGAAAACAUCCUGCCAAUGUAUGUAUUAUAAAAUACUGCCCUCAAACGAUUAUAUAAAUCAAAUACAAUAAAUAGAAAAAAAAACAACUGUGCUGUAGAUAUAUUGUGAAUCACAUAUGAAAAGAAACUUCCAUAUCGUAUUUUUUGUAUGUAGCAAAGAAAAAAUUAUAUAACUAUGAAAUCUGUACAAAUCUAAACAUCUUUACAAAUUCUGACACACAUAUAUACAAAAAUAAAAAUACUAUUACAAACGACACAUAAUAUUUAUAGGAAACGUAAUAAAACAUCGAUUUUAUUCGACUAGAAUGAAGAAGCAUUUAUCACAAACCCUUAGACUAGAAACUGUGUAGUCUUUAGUCAUUAUGACCUAUGACACAAUAGAAGAACAUAAAACCUAGCCACAAAAGAAUACCGAGCAACAACGAAACACAAUUUUAAAAAAUAAAUCAAAAUAACACAAACCAGAUAAUACAAAAGAAUAAUUUUUAUUUGUUCACUGUUAUAACACAAUAUCACACUUAGAAAGAAUUAAAUGAAAUAAAAUUUAAAAUAAAGCAAGACCUCCACAGCGAAAAAAAAAAGAAAACAAUAGAAAAAAUCAAACAACGAAAGUUACAAACAAAUCUUUUCACCAAUAAAAAACGAAAGUUCUAUUAUGCAAAAUCUACCAUGAGGGCUAUCUGUUUAAUUAUGGCCAACCCAAAGUUGAAGCAAAUCAUCCAGAAAGCCCCUAGGUCAUUUUAGGAGUAGCUAUUGUCUGUUUGCAACCAAAAAUAAAACAAUAGACAAAUUAACAAAUGAUUAGUUGAAUAGAUGUGCGAUCGAUCGAAUGGUUUCCAAGUAGCUUCCAUCAUAAUGAUUGAAUGAAUUCUUCACUAAUAACGUGUUCCAUGAAAGGUGGCGUGCACAAAUUCUAUUGUUGCAAAACCAUGGAUGACUCUCUAAUCACUCUAGUGCUUUAGGUAUGUCUUUCUCCCUUGAAAACACCACUGCCAGUCAUCUACGCGAGGAAGUUAAUUUUGAUAUGAAGAAAGAAGUUAAAUAUUUUGUAGUUUACUCACAAUCAUUCAGUUUACUUGUCAAGAGUUCAUAAACUUAAUAACAUAUCUGUAUAUAUGGAUUAUACCUACGUACAUAUAACAUCUAUUUACAUAAGAAUAUAUUGAGUGUGUUCGAAUGUAUCAAUCGAUAAUUAAAGAUAUUUAGAUUUACAUUCACGUUGUAUAGCCUCAAACUUCCAUAGUCUUCGUUUCUAAUUAUCCCUAAGAAAAUGUUGUAUUAUUUUAUCUC